CACAAGAUACGAAAAUGGGGCGCUUCUGGCUUGUCGUUGGCCCAUUGCUCACGGUGGCGCUGGCUGUACAUGCGGAAGAGGCAAAACUUGACACAGCCGACACAUCCAACGCGAUCGGAAGUCUACGUGACGACGCACAGAAUGAUGUUGAACAGUGGGUUGGUGUCGACGACGACGACGAUGUAGCACCAUUCGUCGACGCUGAUGCAACGACGAUUGACUUGGUGGUCAACCCAAUCAACGACGAGGAUCCUGUGUCUUCCAUAAACGAUCCUGCUGACCCAGCACCUGCAGAAGCCACAGCGGCGUCUCCAAGUGGCGGUGUUGCAGUGAUUGCGCACUUGGACAUAGACGACACGACGGUGUCGGCAGGCAUUGAACACUCGUGUGCCAUUCACUCCGUGUCAACCGUGGACUUUGGCGGCAAGGUGGUUUGCUGGGGGGACAACACGUUUGGCCAGUCUUCUCCUCCAGACGUCGAGUUUAUCCAAGUGAGCAGUGGCCGCUUCCACACGUGCGGCGUCACGUUGGACGAAACCGUCGAGUGCUGGGGCGACGCCAACCACGCCCAAAGUCCCGCGGGGUUGUUUGUACAGGUCAGCUGCGGGGAUUUUCACUCGUGCGGGGUACUCAAGGAUGGAACACUGUCUUGUUGGGGUGCCGACUACGAUGGCCAGCUGAGUGUUCCUCAAGGUCGGUUCGUUCAAGUGAGCUGCGGCAAGGGUCAUUCGUGUGCCUUGGCGACGGACGGCACCGUGUCCUGCUGGGGUGCGAAUCGUCUCGGCCAAAGCGCAGCCCCGAGAGACGUGAAAUUCCUCCAAGUGUCGGCAGCCCCAGGUGACUUCUCCUGUGGGGUUACCGUGGCCAACGCUGUGAGAUGUUGGGGCGACAACCAUCGAAAGCAAGGCAGCCCACCAGACGUAUCGUUUGCGCUUGUAAGCACCAGCCGGCUCUCGGCAUGUGGGAUUCAAGUGAGUAGCUCUCUCACGGUGGCCAUGGUGGAUGGUACUCUUUGUUUGGAUUGUACUGGUGGCUUCCUCGAACAAGUAGUCGACGUGGUACUACCGACCCCCAUCUUCUAGGCCGGCGACAAGACGGUGGUGUGCUGGGGCAUGACUGAAGGCGUGACCAACGUCCCGAAGGGGGUCGCGUUCGACGAGCUCACGCUCGGGUGGGACCAUGGAUGUGGGAUAUUGUCCCGCACUGGUCGGGUGCAAUGCUGGGGUCACAACUCGAACGGUCGCCUCGACGUGCCGGCCAAGUUGUAUGGCUAAAGUCGUCGUGUUGACCUUCCGUACUGGCUGCAACCUCGGAGAGGCAGGAGACAGUGUGUUAUCGGUAGGUCUAAGGACAUUUUUGAUCGAUACGAUUUGUACGCAAACCAUACAAUACAGUACGUGCGCUUGACUACAUAAAAAUACAAGCGAAACCACUG